AGAGUUUCAUGCCUGUACUUCGAACGAACAAUUUGACAUUUCCUUGUAAUGAUUGGGAAUGGUAUUAUUGAUGGUAAGGACGUGGACUUGAUAACACCUAUUUUACCACCAUCCCACAAAAGAGGAACAUGGACGUGACGCAGAGUGAUGGGGACACAGUGGACGCCUUGAAAUUGUUUUCAAAGAAAAGGUCAGAUGCAGAGCCCGCAGGCAGUAGUAAGACUGCUGAGGAAUUGGACUCUGUCCCCCGCAGCAGUAAAACAGCAGGUUCUGACCCUUACCGCUACAAGAUGGACUAUCCCUGCAUCGGAACCUGUCUGAUUAUCAACAAUAAGAACUUCCACAGAAGCACAGGGAUGAGUGCUCGGAACGGGACGGAUGUAGAUGCUGCUACUGCUAUUAAGACCUUCUCUGAGCUGGGUUAUAAGAUCAGUGUGAACACUGAUCAGACCGUGGAGGAGAUGAAACAGCUGUUGUCUAGUGCAUCCAAGGAGGACCACAGUAAGAGUGCAUCAUUUGCAUGUGUGUUGCUAAGUCACGGAGACGAGGGCGUGAUAUAUGGCACCGACGGCUUUGAAAAGUUGGAGAAGCUGACAAAAUACUUUAAAGGAGAUCGCUGUAAGAGUCUGGUGGGGAAACCCAAGCUCUUCUUCAUACAGGCGUGCCGUGGGGCGGAGCUGGAUAACGGGAUUGAGGCCGACAGCGUCGAUGCUCAAACAUCAGAGAGGAUUCCUGUGGAGGCAGACUUCCUGUAUGCCUAUUCCACCGCUCCAGGCUACUACUCAUGGAGGAACACGACCAACGGCUCCUGGUUCAUGCAGGCGCUGUGCGAGAUGUUGACGCGUUUCCGCGGAGAGCUGGAGCUGAUGCAGAUCAUGACCCGCGUCAACCGCAAGGUGGCGCUCCACUUUGAGUCCUCCUCCAACCUGCCGGGAUUUAAUGGCAAGAAGCAGAUCCCGUGCAUCGUCUCCAUGUUGACCAAAGACUUGUACUUUGCUGAUUUCCACCUGUGAAAACUGCUAAGCUGUGGGAAACCGAGUCACAAGUGACUGUGCCGGUAUCACUUAUUUCACAUCCCUCUAUUUUACCUUCAAAGCAGCCUGAUUUCUGCUCUCUUUUGCCAAACAGUUCAUGUAAAACAGGAUAACGUUAGUUUUAAUGUGACUACCCAAAUGUACUGUCAACAUUAGAAUACCAGUGAGGUUAGGUUCAUUUUACUACAACUAUACUAAAUGGUGUCGGGACCAUUUUCAGGGCUGCAUUUUCAAUAAGCCUGUUUCAGUGAUUACACACUUGAUUCAUUAGCAGAAGGGUGGAAAUGUGGACUUCUGUUUUUUUAACUACAUAAACAUAAUACUGUAUGUUUGCUACUUAAAACAUGUUUGCUUUUUGAAUAUUUUGAAUGCAAUAAAUGCACAAGCAGAGAU